CGCGUUCAGUUACAGGUCGGGUAGGUGAGCAGUUAAGCCACGUGAGAAGGCGGUUCGGAGAGCUGCCCAUUGGGGAAGAGACAUCACAUCGUCUUUAAAACUCGUGCCGUUUAGCUCGACGACGUCGUCCGUCUUGGAGGAACAGAAAGCGCAGGUCAUAGUGAGGAGAGGAGAGGAGAGCGGAGGUGGCGGCGGGGGACGGUGAUGGCGGCGUACAGGGCGGACGAGGAGUACGACUACCGGUUCAAGGUGGUGUUGAUCGGGGACUCCGGGGUGGGGAAGACGAACCUGCUCUCCCGCUUCGCCCGCGACGAGUUCAGCUUCGUGACCAAGUCCACCAUCGGCGUCGAGUUCGCCACCCGCACCGUCCACGUUGACGGCAAGCUCAUCAAGGCCCAGAUAUGGGACACCGCCGGCCAAGAUAGAUACCGAGCAAUCACAAGCGCAUACUAUAGAGGAUCUGUCGGAGCCCUCAUCGUCUACGACUUGAGUCGCCAUAUCACCUUCGAGAACACAGCCAGGUGGCUGCAGGAACUGCGAAGCCACACAGACCCAAAAAUCGUCGUCAUGCUCGUGGGCAACAAGGCUGACCUGCGUCACAUAAGGGUUGUGUCGGUAGAGGAGGCAAAGGCCUUUGCUAGUAAGGAGAAGGCUUUCUUCAUGGAGACCUCCACCCUCGAGUCCAUCAACGUGGAGAACACCUUCAACGAAGUGCUGACACAGAUCUACCAUGUGGUUGGCAGGAAGGUGCUUGCCAUUGGUGACGAUCCCUCGGCUUUGCCUAAAGGACAGACCAUUAACAUAGACAUGGAGGAUGAUUGCCAAGCUACUAACAAAGCUGGGUGCUGCUGACUGUUUCAUCUUAGUGAUCUUAAGGUGCGCAGAGUGUGAUGUGCUAUAGAAGAAAUGCAUGCUUAGUGGAUCCUCCCUUAGCUAUAUGUAUAUAUAUAGUUAGGUUGAGUUCUCAUGGAUCAUUGGUCUACAUGUAUGUGUAGUGUGUCAGGACUUUAGCUAGGAGAAUUCUAAUUAAAUUUUAUUGAAAGGGGUAUUUAUGUAAAACCCCUUUGCUAGCAAGGAGAAGGCUUUCUUCA